CGUGUGUUUAGAGGGUAAAGAAGUGGAGCAGUGGCGUGCGUGUGAGGAGUCACGACGCAGCUCGUCAUGACCCACAAGUGAAUCACGAUUAUGGAUUUUUUUUCUUUUUUUUUUUUUUUUCUUUUUUUUUGGUAGCGAUGACGUGAAAUGCAGUUUGGAUGUAAUCACUAGUCUGAUUUGCCCCUCGCUCACUUUUUACUGCUUGCUUUUAGGAUGUAAAACAAAAAACAUCUUGCACUUUAUUUGAUUUUUGAGGGGAUUUGCCAAAGAAAAGGUGAUCGUUCUCGCUGCUGAGGAGGAGGACGACGCUGCGGCUCUCUUCUUGUGCAACCUCUUUUUCUGAAUGCUGAUGAUUUUUGGUGGAGGUGUCUUUUCCUCGCGUGUGCGUGGAUGUGCACGCGUGCACUGACGCAGAGCACCACGCCACAUUUGGACGAGGCGGCACUGGAUGGCGUCCCCAGGCUUCUGGUCCCUCGGUGGGGACAAUCCGGGCAGCCAGAGCCCCAACACGCCCCGGGCUUGGUGCCAGGCAGCGGCCCAGAAACUGUCUGGAGGGCUCGGAUCAAAAUUAUGUGCGCUGCUGAACGUCGGGGAGGUGGAGAAAGCUGCAGCGGAGCCCGACGCCAAGCAGCCCCUGCAGACGGCGACGGAAGGAUGCGGCUGCAACAAAACCUGCAACUGCACCAAAGCCCCCGUGGUCUUCUCCGACCUCUAUUCAACAGACCUUCUUCCAGCCCUGGACGGCGACGCCAAGACCAUGACCUUCCUGCAGGAGGUGGUGGACAUCCUGCUGGCCUACAUCGUGGAGUCGUUCGACCGCGACACCAAAGUGAUCGACUUCCAUUACCCCAACGAGCUGCUGCAGAUGAACAACUGGGAGCUGCAGCAUGAGCCCACCUCGCUGGACGACAUCUUGAUCAGCUGCCGUGCCACCCUCAAGUACGCCAUCAAGACAGCCCACCCGAGGUACUUCAACCAGCUCUCCACAGGGUUAGACAUGGUCGGCCUGGCUGCUGACUGGCUGACGUCCACCGCCAACACCAACAUGUUCACCUACGAGGUGGCGCCAGUGUUCGUGCUGCUGGAGUACGUCACGCUGAAGAAGAUGAGGGAGAUCAUCGGCUGGCAGGACGGCCGCGGAGACGGCAUCUUCUCCCCUGGUGGUGCUAUUUCCAACAUGUACGCUAUGCUGUUGGCCCGCUUCAAGAUGUUCCCAGAAGUCAAAGAGAAAGGGAUGUCAUCUGUUCCUAGGCUGGUGGCCUUCACCUCCGAACACAGUCAUUUUUCCAUCAAGAAAGGAGCAGCAGCUCUUGGUAUCGGGACAGAGAGCGUCAUCUGCAUCAAGGUCGAUGAAAGUGGCAAGAUGAUCCCUGCUGACCUGGAGAGGAGGAUACUGGAGGCCAAACAAAAGGGUUUCGUGCCGUUUUUUGUGAGCGCCACGGCCGGCACCACGGUGUACGGCGCCUUCGACCCUCUCAUCGCCAUUUCGGACAUUUGCAAAAAGUACAACGUCUGGAUGCACGUGGAUGGUGCAUGGGGAGGAAGUCUGCUCAUGUCCCGGAGACACAGGUGGAAGCUGGAUGGCGUUGAGAGGGCCAAUUCAGUGACUUGGAACCCACACAAGAUGAUGUCCGUCCCCCUGCAGUGUUCUGCCCUGCUGGUGCGAGAGGAGGGUCUGAUGCAGAACUGCAACCAGAUGCACGCCUGCUACCUGUUCCAGCAGGACAAGCACUACGACCUCUCCUACGACACCGGAGACAAAGCGCUGCAGUGCGGACGCCAUGUGGACAUCUUCAAGCUGUGGCUCAUGUGGAGGGCCAAGGGUACCAUCGGGUUUGAGGCUCAGAUUGACAAGUGUCUGGAGCUGUCCGAGUAUCUGUACAACAAGAUUAAGGACAGGGAAGGAUACGAGAUGGUGUUUGACGGCAAACCUCAGCACACCAACGUCUGCUUCUGGUACCUUCCACCGGGGAUACGCUACAUGGAGGAUAAAGAGGAGAAGAAGAAACGCUUGCACAAGGUGGCGCCGGUCAUCAAAGCCCGCAUGAUGGAGUACGGCACCACCAUGGUCAGCUACCAGCCGCAGGGGGACAAGGUCAACUUCUUCCGCAUGGUCAUCUCCAAUCCGGCCGCUACCUUUGAGGACAUCGACUUUCUUAUCGAGGAGAUCGAGCGUCUGGGCCAGGAUCUAUAAGACUCCAUCUGAACGACUUGUUUGUGGUGAAUGUAAUUGGUAAACUUCCUUGAUUCCUCCAAAUGAAGCUAUUUAAGAGUAUAUUUGUGAUAUACAUAUAUCUAUAUAUUAUGUAUUGUAGCUUUGCUGUGGACUGGGCGCCUCCAAAGCUUUGUAAAAGUGCUUCUGUCCGCCUCUUUGCUAGUGUAGUCUGACCCAGAGAUGUAUGAUAAGUGCUGUAACGUUCGCUGUACUUUUGUGUGUACUUGCGUGCAAUAAGUCCACCACCAGCUUUUUAUUUUCCAAUCAUUCCUCGUUUUUGAGUGCCAAAGUGGCACUGUUCUCACGUUCCUAUUUUUUGGAGGGGGGAACAGCGCUUUGCCGGCCUUACCUCAGCGUAAUCAAACUGCCUUUAGCUAAUUUGCUACCGCUAACUUACAGCUAGCUACCACAAACAAACAUGGCCGACAUUAAUACACGUACUUGAAUUAGGAAGAGCGUGAAUCCUGAAAAAAGAGCUCAGCACAAUUUCAGUCAAUUGUUGGGGGAAGUGUUCCAGAACCAAAAAAAAAAAACACUUCCUGUUACGUAACUCUGUUUGCGAAAGUGGGCCCACAGUUGGCUUAAACGCGAAUGUAUGAAUCACACAAUAGGACUUUUGCACAAGAAUUGCUGUAAAACUAUCCCUUUUAGCGCUAAGCACAACUGUCGGGAACUCUCCGUGGCAGUGGUUCAACAAUUUGCCGCUCCACGACCAAAAAAAACCCCACUUCCUGUUCUGUAAAUGACCCAGCCUGUUUGCUAAUGUCGACCCACAACUCCAGGAGGUUGCUAUACUGUACUUGAUAGUGGAUAUUUUGAUAGCAUUAGCAAACAAAGCUAACAAUAACGCAUUAGUAUUGUUUUCCACUUGUAUAAAUAGGACUUAUAGUCAUUUGUCUGUCUGCUAUUCCCAUGUGGAAUAUAUUGUCUGCAUAUGAAUCCCACUUCAGAUUUAUCGACAUGAACAAAAAAUUACUUCAAUUUUGGCCAAUUUGUGGUAUUUUUUUCGUGUCGAAUUGUUGAUGGAAGUGUAAUCCUCUUAACUGUGUUUAUCCACUUGGGGCUACGUUGUGGUUGUCUACCACCAUAUUUCCUUUUCUUUUUUUUUUUUAAAGCCACAAUCUGUAAUAGACAUAAUCCUCCCAAAGCAAUAUGGGUCCAAUCAUUAGAAAGCACAACAAGCUCCACAAUCACUCUUGGUGUAAAUAGUAUAUGUACUGUAUAUAAGAUGUAUAACAAGAGACUAUUUGUGAGGUAUAUAAGUUAUAUUUUCUAGUCUAAGUCUCGUUUGUCCUCUUAUUACUUCGUGAGGGUGUGUCCCAACUUGCUUCUUGUACUUUUUGGGGGGAGUGGCAGGGACAUAAGUGUGUGUGUGUGUGCGCGUGUCUUUUCCGUGAGUGUCUCGUGAACGUGUGGCGGCCACGUUGGGCCCCUCGGAAGCACUGUUGUGGUGACAGUGGUGUGUUUGUGUAACUGUGCUGCCUUAGUGUUGUCUACGGUUCUCUCUCUCUCUCUCGUGCACUUUAGCACACGUGAACCGAUGAUGUGCAACGUCCAACACGUGUCCCCUAAACUGGGGUGUGCUCCAACUUGAAUGUGCGAUCACUCGUUCUUCUCUACUUUUCAAGCAGCUCCGUUGCGACGAGGUGGUCCGAUCCGACACAUGCAACAUCCGCGGCGUCGGCGCCAAAUGUCGUGCUCGUUCGUGGCGUCGCUUCCUGCUGCCCGUUGCACGUGCAUGCGCCGCCUUGCCUGCCCCGCUUAUGUGAUGUGCAGCCUUCUAACGUAUAUUUAACAGUAUAUAUCCAUGUCUAUGUAUCUAUAUAUUUCUAUAUACAGUAUAUACACCGUGGUGUGGCUUUGUCUAGCUUGUAUAGCCUCGUAUAGCGCCGGCCUUUACGUGCUUCCCUUUUGACGUCUCUCUGUGCAGCCUGCAUGCUGACCUCGCCUCGUGACCUCUCUCGCUUCACGCUCUGUCGUCUUCUUCUUCUUCUUCUUCUUCUUCUGCCGCCUGCCUAUCGCUGCCCUAAGUGUCAUAUAUAUUCUCGCUGCAUGUUCUAACCGCUCUUUCGCCGUAUUUAACCUUCUUCUCUCUUUCGCUCCCGCCUGCGACGACUUCCCGGCUAACCAACUGCCAAUGCUACGUUUGUGCGCCCGACUACGCCAUGUUGACUUGUGUCGGAGCGGAGUUUUACUGUUACUGAAUUGAACCCUCAGUUGCUCAUUUAUCGGAACGAAUCCCAAUCAUUUACACUAGACGUGGUUUAAAGUCCUGCUCUGUAUUCUGCUAAGUGAUUUUUGUGUGUUACAUCUAAAUAAAUAUUGUAAGUAAUUUAA